AUGGGGCAAUCCCUGAACCUGCGCCACCCCUUGGAGCAAACUCUGCAAAACACGCCUCUCUCAAAGGAUCUCCUUCAUCCCUCUCCAGAAGAGGAGAGGAGGAAACACAAGGAAAAGCACCUGGUGCAAAGCCCUAAUUCCUACUUUAUGGAUGUGAAAUGCCCAGGAUGCUAUAAAAUCACCACGGUCUUAAGCCACGCACAAACAGUAGUCGUGUGUGCUGGCUGCUCCACUGUGCUCUGUCAGCCUACAGGUGGAAAGACCAGGCUGACAGAGGGACGCUCCUUCAGGAGGAAGCAGUACUGAAAGCCCCUGAGUCAAGAUGAGUGGGAACCUUCCCAGCAAACACAUUUUAAAUAAAAACAUGACUUUAGCAGGAAGGUAUAAAACUUAAAGCGUUCAUGCACUCAAUAGUGCAGAUUUGAGACAGGACCACGCGAGCAGCAGAUAGACCAUAAGCCUGGCAGAGGUAAUGACCGUAGCAAGCAGUAGGCAACAGUAAACCAGGAUUUAAAGUGCAGAGUGUCAUAAGCCCCUCUACCCACAGCACAGGGGCAGCACUGCAACCCAUGCAUGCAGCAGACGCAGCGCGGUCAAGUGUGCGGGAUUAUUUCUGAUAUUCUGCGCCGAGGAGAAGGGAUGGAUGACACAUUAAAGUCUCAGCAGCUACAGCCUCCAGUGCUUGGCUUCAAUGCAACGGAGCCUGAACCCGGUGACACAAACUAGAAAUCCCACACGUUAUCAGACGAGGGACCGUG